AUGGCCGCUCAAAGCACCCAAUUCCAAGAAGAAACGAGGAGUAGUUUUCGAAUCACAUGUGCAUCAAUUAAGAAUCUUGAAAUUCAGAUGAGUCAAAUAGCACAUCAAUUGGCAAAUCCUCAACAGCCAGGUGCUCUACCUAGUGGCACGGUUAUAAAUCCCAAAGAUCACAAUAAUGAGAUUGCUGAAGAAGAAGAACCAUUGCUAGAAGUUGAUUUGGAAAUAAAUGAAAAUGAGGUAGAAGAUGAAGAUGUGGUUGUUUCGGAACCGAUUAUGAAAGAGAAGGUUAUUGAGCCAAAAUUAGCCAUUAAACUUCAUUUUCCUACAAGAAAUAAGAAGAAGAGGCAACACGAGAAAAAUUUAGAAAAAUUCUUGGAGGCAUUGGAGCAAAUUCCUACAUAUGCCAAGUUCAUGAAAGACAUAAUAUCCAAGAAAAGGACCAUCAAUCGUGACCCGAUUAUUCUAACCGAAACUUGUAGUGCUAAUUUGCAGUGUAUGAAGAUUCCGGUGAAAAAGAAGGACCGAGGUUUUGUGACUAUUCCUUGUACAAUUGGGGAUAGGUCAUUCAAGAAAGCUCUUAUUGAUUUAGGAGCAAGGGUGAGCCUUAUGCCGCUGUCCAUUUACAAGAGAUUGGGGAUUAGUAAAGUACAAGAUACAAGAAUGACACUCCAAUUUGAUGAUCACUCUAUGAAGAGACCUUACGGGAUAAUAGAAGAUGUGCUCGUCAAAAUUGACAAGUUUGUGUUCCUGGUGGACUUUGUGAUUUUAGAGAUGCCAGAAGAUGAAGAGAUUCCAAUCAUUUUGGAGAGGCCAUUCUUAGAGACCGGGAGAUGUUUCAUAGACAUAGAAGAAGGCACGAUGACUCUGAAGGUGUAUGAUGAAGAGUUAAAAAUUGAUGAGUUUGAUGUGGAAUUUCGUGACAAGAAAGGGUGUGAAAACACGGUAGCAGAUCACCUUUCUCGAAUGUCACCUAUCGAGGAAACGGAAGACAAACGACCAGUAAAGGAUGAGUUCGCAAAUGAACACAUCCUCGCUGUUAUUGGUGUACCUUGGUUCGCCGACUAUGCAAACUAUCUGGUAUGUGGUGUAAUCCCGGAUGAUUUUGAUUCUAACCGAAAGAAAACGUUUUUGCAUGAUUGCAGGUUUUACUUAUGGGAUGACCCAUUCCUGUACAAGAGAGGAAUUUAUGGUUUGGUCAGAAGAUGCGUGCCAGAGGAGGAACAAAGGGAUGUGCUAAACGCAUGCCAUGACUCAGAUUAUGGGGGACACUUUUGUGGUGAUAUAACUGCUGCAAAAGUCCUACAGUCUGGUUUAUACUGGCCUACCUUAUCCAAGGACGCUCAUCAUGUAACACCCUUCUAA